AUGGAAACGAGACACCACAAGAAGCAACCGAUCGCUUCGCCGAAUCACUGCUCAGGUAUUAAAUUUCCCGUAGCUGAAUUUGGCCAGCUCAAUCUAGAGAUUUUUCUCAGGCGUUGGGGCGUUGGUAAUAAGGGCUGCCACGAUGGCAUCGUCUUGGCUUUCGUCAAAAACCUGAAAACUGUCAGCCUAGCCACUCGAGGUAUGUUUGAAGUGCACUGGAGACCUACUAAACUUCGAAAGCUAUUGACUAAACAGAAAAUGUGGACACCCGCGUUGCAAGCGCUCUUUUCAAGACACACGUACAACGUUCAAUGA